GAAUAGAAAAAAUCCAAGCAAUAACAUGUAGUGCAAGUGCAAUCUCAAGUUUAACUGACAAUCAGAUUCAAGAUAUUAUAAUUUGUUUUCCUAUUAGCAUAGAUGACUCUUCGGUUAAAUGCCAAAAAAUGAUCGGCGUUACAAAUUGUAAUGCGCACGUGACCGAGAAAACUUUACCAGAAACCGAGGUAAAUUCUAACUCUAAUGGUAGUGAGGAUGAUGAAGACGAGUUUUUAGAUAAAACUCAUUCUAGAUUCUAUAAUAGAUAUAAGAAUAAAACUGGGCUUGAUCCCUGGAUAAACUCUGAAACUUCUGAAUCUAAACAAAUCGAAAAUGCUGAUAAUUAUCUUUCGCAAGACUAUUCAGAAGCUAAAUGUCCAAUAUGCAAAGAAGUACACACUCGUUUAGGAAUAUGGGGCGACUGGAGUUGUUUAGGUAAAAAUGAUCACUAUUUUCUUAAUUGUCCAUUUCGUAUUAAUCAAAAGAAAGUUAUAAUUGCCAUACAGAGCUUAUCGAAAACUCAAGUAAGGGUAUCAAACAAAAUCAGUAACUCACCAAUUCAUCCAAACAAAACCUGCCUUUAUCAAUAUGCCAUCAAGUAUAAAAUUGAUCUCAAGAAAUUUUCAGUUAUUACUGAGGCUGAGAAAAAUAAAUGGGCCAUGGAGUGUUUUCCUGCUGACUUGAAAAGAAAUAUACGCCUUUAUCGUGGAGGAAUAAAAAGGAAUGAAGAUACCAGAAAAUAUCAUAAAUUUUUAACAGAUCGGAAUAGGCUGGUCGGUGAAGAUAUACUAAAGAGUGGUUUAAGUACUGCAUGGCUUGAUGAUCUUAUGAAAGAAUGGGAAGAAAUCCAUGCUCAAUUUAAUCAAAUUUUACCUGAGAUAA